UUUUAUCUUGAUUGGCUGAAGAGCACCAGUGGGAAGCUUCCUGGGGAGUGAAGCAAGGCAGAUACUGUCAGUCGUGGUUUUAGCACUGCAGGCAGCGCUGGGGGAAUUCUAGAGGUCCCCUACACAACUGACGAGGACAGCUACAAGGCCCCAAUGACCACUCGCUGGCUGUUGCUUUCUUUGCUUAACAUUUUCACAAAAGAAGAAAGGCUGCUGAAGAUUAUCUUUGUGUGAGGAGUUUGUGUGUGUGUGUUUCAUCUUUUGCGUUGGGCAGUCAAAUGUCUGGAAAGAGUGCAGGGGCUGGAGAGGCAGGUGCCCCCAUGGAUGUGUGUGGCUUGAGGUCGCGAGCUGUCCAGAGAGCAGUGUUCUUGUAAACAGUGAACCAUGCCCACUUCAUCAUCAGCCUGGCAACGGCAGAGGCUGGCACCAGGGAGUACUUGUCUCACCGCUCUCCUCCUGCUGCUCUUCAGCCCACAGACAAUGAGCUCGAUACUUGAGGAUAUCAUGAGUAAACGGGCUGAAUAUCAAGAAAACUGCACCAGAACUUUAGCAGCUACCUAUUACACAAGAACUGGAAUUUAUUGCAAUGGGACGUUUGACCUUUUUGUCUGUUGGCCACACUCACCCCCUGGUAAUGUGUCUGUGCCCUGUCCCAUAUAUCUACCCUGGAUUAACGAGGGAAGUUCAGAGAACGUGUACAGGGAGUGCACCCCCAGAGGCUCCUGGCGGAUCGUCGAAAAUUCCACAGAUGUGUGGCGGGACCAGUCCGAGUGUUUCGACCCACAUUACUUCAGACAGCAGGAGGAUGAUCUGCUUCCCCAGUUAGCACUGCGCAUAAUCUCCAUCAUCGGAUACUCCCUGUCUCUCUUCUCUCUGUUUCUGGCUGUCUUCAUUCUGGGGGUGCUGAGGAAGCUUCACUGCACAAGAAAUUACAUCCACAUGAAUUUGUUUGUGUCAUUCAUAUUACGCGCAGCAGCCGUCAUUCUAAAAGAAAUCAUCCAACAUAUCAUGUUUACUAACCUACCCAGUGAUGAAUCUGGGUGGAAUGGAUAUCCCAAUUCAAUGAUCUCUGUAAUCUGCAAGGCCACUCAAGUGCUCAUGCACUACUUUGUGGGAGGGAAUUACUUCUGGCUGUUAGUGGAGGCGAUAUUCCUCAACACCCUGUUGUUCACCGCGGUGCUCACCAAGAGAAGGUUACUGAAGAAAUACAUGUUCAUCGGCUGGGGAACUCCAUUUUUAUUUGUGGUGCCCUGGACAAUAACCAAAAUCUUGUAUGAAAACCAAGGAUGCUGGUCCAAUAAUAACAAAUGGAUUUGGUGGAUAAUCAAAGGACCAAUAACUGUAUCUGUUGCAAUUGUUUUUUACAUAUUCAUCAAAAUUAUAAAAUUGCUACUUUCCAAGUUAAAAGCAGACCAGGGGAAAUUCACUGACUACAGGUAUAGUUUAGCCAAAGCUACGUUGGUGUUAAUUCCAUUGCUGGGGAUUCAUGAGAUGGUGUUCACAUUUAUGCUGGAUGAAUACAUAGAGGGACAAACACGCUACAUCCGCAAUUUCAUCAAUUUGACAAUGAGCUCCGUCCAGGGCCUCAUUGUUGCCAUCUUAUACUGUUUUGCCAAUGGAGAGGUCCAAGCAGAACUCAAGAAGCGAUGGCAGCUCUUCGUCUUUGCCAACCACUUAGAUGUGGACAACUGUUUCCAGGGGACACGAUUCAAAUACUUAUGGAAGUGCUCGAGGAAACAGCCUACCCAAGGCUUCAGCCAGACUGGGCCCUGUGGGAAGACCUGUGGUCCCUCCAAUGUGCAGCUCCUACAGGUCACCGUCAGGACCAGAGGGGAGAUCCAGCGCUGCCGGCCGACUGGCCUGGCUCGCUAUGCUCGCGGAAGCCUCUCCAGCAGUGAGGGGGAGAUGACUCUGGGGGAAACAAUGGAGGAGAUUCUGGAGGAGAGCGAGUUUUAACCUCCACAUCCCUGAACACUUUCUACUUUCAAACAUUUCAGUGAUCUUUUUAACCCAAGUAGCAUCCUUCUGUACAUACUGUAGCAUGUAAGCUUGGUUGAGCGGGUGUAAAGGCAGCUCAUUGCUCUGAAUCUUUCUGCUUCAUGUUUUAUGUUUCAUCCGUGCUGCUCUGUCCUCCAUUAAAAAUGUCAGCUCCAUUUCCCGGUCACUUCACUCACAUGCUCUGUUUAUGCAACACCAGUGGUUCCCCUGCAGAUUGGUCCUGGUAACUACAUAUGCUAUAUUGUUAACUUAUGUCUUGAUGCUGUACAUUUUCUGUAUAUAGACCAUGAGCCAGUGACCAAAAUUUCACUUUCACUUAUAUUGCUUUAGUAGCAGUAUUGUUUAAUGAUAUAGGAACAUGAUCUUUGUACAAAAUACUUAAUUUUCCAAAUUAAAAGACCUAUGAAAAGUGCAUGUAACACAUUGCUAUGUGACUUUCCAAUUCUAUUUAUUACAUUUACUUUUUAUCAGAAAACAUGGCUAUGCAAAAGGAGCAGGAGAAUACUUAAAUACCAGAAUAUUUUAAAUAUCAGUGAACAAUAAUAACUUACCACAAAUAAACAACCCAUAAAUGUUUAAUAAAAUAUGCGUAUAUAAUGUGUUUCCUGAACAUCUGUGUGUAAAUUUGCUAUUAAUAAAGCAAUGGGCUUACGUGA